UACUGUUAUGGCGGCGGCUUCGAAAGCCGCUCUGGGCGCAGAUUCUUAGGCGACACUCUCUCUGCUUCUUCCGCUGCGGUCGUAAAGACGCUCCUCUCUGACGCUGCUCUGGGGAUAAGGUCGGGCACAGUCUCCCACUUUACAUCGAGUUGGAGGUGAACCCCUUGAGUCUGCUACGGCCGGGCCAUUCCACCUGCCUGGGCCCACGGACUGUCGUCAUGACGUGUGGUUUUCAGAAGUUGUUUUCUGUGGAAGAGGACUUUGAAGAUGAGGAUUUCUUAUCUGCUUUGGAGAAUGCAGAGAACCACGUUGUUAGUGCACUGCCCGGGGAUGCCCGGUGCCUGCAGCCUGUGUCUUCCAGACCACAGGAGACUCCACAGGCACAAUCCUCAAGGCCGGUGCCAUCAUUCCUCGCCUCCAACCAGUCAGUCCCAAGACUGUGUCUCCCUACGUCCAGCAUGCCAGGGACCGUACGGGAUCCACCCUGCACAGGAGCGAUCUCCCUGAGGCCGGUCUCGGUUUCUAGCAGCAGCUCAGGCAGUCAGCAGAGAAUGACAGGAGCGGAAGUGUCCCAGGAGUCACCAGGACCCCAGUCCUCAGCUGCACACUCUGGGUUUAUCUUUGAGAGCUAUCAACGGGGCAUGGGUGACUUGGAAGCACCUGAUCAAGAUGAGUUUGACGAGGCCCUGGCAAGCAUGGAGCUCGAGGGAGCUGGCUUGGGGCUUGAAGUUAACAGUGGAGCUGCCCAGAUCCUGCCUGCCAAGCACUGUGAGGAUCCAAUAUUGGCGAAAAAGGCCCGAGUGGCUGAUCCGAGUGGAUCUUUCCAGAAGGGGCCCACCAUCCACUGUAGAAAUCCAUGGCCUUCCUUAAGACCUCCUACAGCCACAGGCAGCCUUCCUGUCCCAGAUGCAGCAGGCAUUUCCAUUUCCCAUCGAAGGGGCUCCCCUGUUCCUGCACCUCAGUAUCUGCCAACAGCUGGAAGGACCAUUCUAAACAGCCCUCAGAGUUAUGUGCCCAGUCAGCCACUUCAGUCUCCCAGAGUCUGGUCAAGUGGCAAACCCCAGUUUUCUGGACCUCAGCGUCCGCACUGCAGCUCUGCAGCGGUUUGUCAGAGGCCCUUGCCACCCCGAGCCCCAAUGUCUUCUGUUGAAUCUCCUGUCAGCACCCCCAGAAGUUCUUCCACCCCAAUCACUCAGUCAGCUCUUCAGACACCUGUAGUCACCAACCACCUGGUACAGCUUGUCACUGCUACCAACCGGACACCCCAGCAGCCCUCCCGCCCCUCCACUCGAGCUAAAACCCGCCGCUUCCCUGGCCCUGCAGGACUUCUGCCUCACCAACACAGCGGGGAGAAUCUGGAGGAGAUCAUGGUUGCCACACCCCAGACUCCGACUCACGGUGCUCUGGCUAAAUUCCAGACUGAGGUUGGUACCAGUUCCCAGGGAUCGGUGGAAGAAGAUUUUGGGCGAGGGCCCUGGCUCACCAUGAAAUCUGCUCUGGGCCUGAACGAGCAAGACCCCACCUGCUUUCUCUACACCUACAGUAUUGUCAUGGUGCUGCGCAAGGCAGCUCUCAAGCAGCUCCCCAGGAACAAGGUCCCCAACAUGGCGGUGAUGAUCAAGUCCCUGACGCGGAGCACAAUGGAUGCCAGUGUGGUUUUUAAGGACCCCACGGGAGAGAUGCUCGGAACAGUGCACAGAGUGCUUCUGGAGACACACCAGAAUGAGCUGAAGCCUGGCUCAGUGCUGCUGCUGAAGCAGAUUGGAGUUUUUUCUCCUUCCCUUAGAAACCACUACCUGAACGUGACACCCAACAACCUGGUCCACAUUUACAGUCUAGAUUCUGGUGAUGGGGAUUUCCUCCAGCCACCUCAGCCCUUGCCCAAGGAUCUGGGACACUCCCAUGGAAGCCUCCAGCCUGCUGUGGCUGCAGAGUCCACACAGGGCCUCAGAACAGCACAGAACCCAACGGUGCGUCCUGAAGAAGAGCUCCCAGAGGCAGAUGACCUGGAUGGACUCCUGAGUGAGCUCCCCGAGGACUUCUUCUGUGAGCCCAGCAGCUGGGGCUGUCUCAAGACAGGCCAUCCACCAUGAGCUGGCAGCCUCUCUGCGCCCCCAGACAAGCUCUAGGUGCAUCUGGUCAUGUCCAAGGGAGAGAAAGCCAGUGCAUCUGGAGAUGACUCAAGCCCAUGGUCUGAUGCCUCCCCAUGGACACCUUGGAUGCCCGAUGAUGGGCCAGAGAGUGGGCUGCGUGCCUUGACGAACGAUUUCCUUUGGCAUGGGCAUCCUGGAAAUCUGAGCAAGGCUUGCUCCCAAAAUCUUGUGUCUUCUGGCACACCAUCCUCCGGCCAAUAAGAAAAGGAGGAUCCAGAGGCUGGGCCUGAUUUCCUUGUCCCUUUAUUCCUCAAUCUCCUGCCAGUGGAGGAGCCCAAAGGAACCACGAGCACAGCAGAGGUGACUUAAGGCCUGUGGCUAACUCAUCCACAAGGGUGACGGUGAGGUGCAGGCUACUGUACCUGGUUCUGAAAUAAAGCAUCCCUUCCUCA